AAAUCCUAUAGUCUAGACUCAGAUGAAAUAUUUCCCUACUUGAUAUAUCGACUUAAGUUUAUGAAUUCAUCCUACUUUUGGUUCCUUUAUAAAAAAAAUGUUUAAUUGAUAUUUUGAAUUUUGAAAAAACCCCCAUUCUAUAAUCCAAAAUCUUAAAAACAAAUUCGAACCAAAUUAAUCGGGAGAAAAAGAGACUGAAAAAAAAGAAAAAAAAAGUGAGAAGUAAUUUAUAUGGUGGACCAAAAAACAAGGAGUAUGUAUUUGACAUAUUGUUAAUUAUUCGUAAAUCGACAAUGUGGAGCAGUUAUGUGUUAAGUGGUGUACAAAUGAUUCUCUUUAUUUAGCUCACUCGAUCGAGAUCUCCUUAGUUUCAGCAUCAUCUUUCACUCUCUCACUCGCAAACACACCAAUACGAAGCAUAAUAGUGGAAUAAGAAAAAGAAAGUGGAAGUUAGGGAUGAGAGAUUACCUUCCAAAAUACUUGAACGCCUUUCUCUUGGCAUUUGCCACUUUCGCUGUUGUAUUUGCCAUUUUCAUUGCAAAGGAUCCAAAUACAUCUCACCAUCUUUAUUUCUCAACAUCAUCUUCUUCACUAUGGACCUCUUCCUUUUCCUCCGCCUUCAUCACGGAAAAAAGGAAGAGGAACGGAUCAAAUCCAGGUUCUUUAUCCUGGAAAAGAGACAAGAAAGUAGAAGCGGAAUUAGCAACCGCGAGGGCGUUGAUCAGAGAAGCCCAACUAAAUCCUAAUUCUACAACAUCAUCUCCUCUAAGAGAUGAAGACUAUGUUCCUCAUGGCGAGAUUUAUCGGAACCCUUAUGCAUUUCAUCGAAGCUAUCUUCUUAUGGAGAAGAUGUUUAAGAUAUACGUUUAUGAAGAAGGAGAUCCACCAAUUUUUCACUAUGGUCUUUGUAAAGACAUAUACUCCAUGGAAGGAUUGUUGCUAAACUUUAUGGAAAACGAUGUUCUUACAUAUCGGACCCGAGAUCCCGACAAGGCUCAUGUCUACUUCUUACCUUUUAGUGUUGUCAUGAUUCUUCACCACCUCUUCGAUCCCGUUGUUCGAGACAAGGCUGUCUUGGAACGUGUCAUCGUCGACUAUGUUCAGAUUAUUUCCGAGAAAUAUCCGUAUUGGAACACAAGCGAUGGUUUUGAUCACUUCAUGUUGUCUUGCCAUGACUGGUUCAAACCUCUUUGA